CCUGGGGACGAGGUGACAAUGCGACGCACUCUGCUGCUGUUCCCACGAUUGGCCGCUGGUAGAAUCUCUUUCGAGUCUUUUUAAACACCUAGUCGAGGCGCGGGCAUACAGCUUUGUGCUGCAGGACUGAACCAUAGUUAAAUCUACAAAUUAAAACAGUGCGACUGUCGGAUUUACUUAAAUGGAAUGUGACCCAGUUUUUACCCAAAUUAGUGUCAGCAUGCGGCAGGCCUACAAGCAUAUCGGUGGCUACUUCAAGGGGUUGAAAUAGAUUGAUGGAGACGUUAUGAUGGGGAAAGCCCUUACCAGUUCACUAUGGGAUCUUGAGCCAUGCAAUUGCCUACAGGAAAUGUCUUGUCACUGAGUGGAUACAGACAGUUUUUAGGAUGCGUUCCCUGAGGAAGACAUUGUUGUUGGCCACAGUGGCGUCCGUGGUGUUGGUGGUGGCCCUUCUGCAUUCUUGGCCAACUCGGGCCUACACUACCGUUGACGUCCGACAGAGACCAGUGCCUGCAGUGGAGAGGCACCUGGAGGAGAGGCUCCCAGAACCGGACCACAGAUCUGCCAGCAUCCCCUAUCGCCUGAAAGAGAGUGUUGCGGGUCUGUUGGCACGUAAUGGAUGUGUGUGUGAGGGUGAGAGUGGGGGUGUGAACUUUCCCUUCGCACAGCUAUUGUUCCCACGGGUGUCUGCCCACUCUCUGCACACUGCCUUUGAGGCCUCUGAGCUGGAGGAAAUGAAGAAACGGAGGGCCAAGGAGUACCAGGGCUUCCAGUUGAGGUCUCAGACUCCUGUAGAUAUGCUCAUGGUGGCCGAGGCCAACAAUCCUCUGCAGUACCCAACACAGGGGGUGGAAGUGCGGCCACUCAAAACCAUCCUCAUUCCAGGACUUGCCUUACAAGAGCUUCCCAGAGAGUUAUACACUGUCAACUUAACCUCCACACUGGGAACGUUGAACGUAGCAGCGGAAGUUGAGGGAGUUAAGGUCAAAGGUGAUGGAGAGAUGCACAUGACACUGAGCAGCAACAAGCUGCUUCACCUGAACCGGCAGCUACAGUUUGUCACCUACACCAACACUCUAUUCCACCCGAGUACAGCGGACACAGUGCAGUUUGAGACAGAGGGACACCAAGCUAUGUUCACCAUCAAGAUCCGUCAUGGUGUUACUCCAAAACUCUACAACACAGGACCCAGAGGGGAAUACAACAUCAGUGCCCUGGUUACCAUAGCAACCAAAACCUUCUUGCGCUAUGACAAGCUCCAAGAUCUCAUCAACAGUGUGCGACGUUUCUAUCCCACUGUCACCAUAGUAAUAGCUGAUGAUAGUGAAAACCCCCAAACCGUCUCUGGCCCAUAUAUUGAACACUACAUCAUGCCGUUUGGAAAGGGCUGGUUUGCUGGACGGAACCUAGCCAUUUCCCAGGUGACAACGAAGUAUGUGCUGUGGGUGGAUGAUGACUUCAUCUUCACAGCCAACACUAAACUGGAGAAACUAGUGGACAUCCUGGAGAGAACCACCCUGGACCUGGUGGGUGGUGCAGUGCGUGAGGCCACAGGCUACACCGCCACCUACAGGCAGACCAUCUCCAUUGAACCAGGGGAGGAGGAGGGUGACUGCCUGCACAUGAGGAGGGGCUUCCAUCACAUCAUCCAGGGCUUCCCAAACUGUGUGGUCACUGACGGGGUUAUCAACUUCUUCCUGGCUCGCACAGACAAAGUCCAGCAAGUGGGCUUUGACCCCCGACUGGCUAGAGUGGCCCAUCUGGAGUUUUUCAUCGAUGGGCUUGGCUCGCUUCAUGUGGGAUCCUGUAAUGAUGUUAUUGUCAACCAUGCCACCAAGAUCAAGCUCCCCUGGGUCAGCGAAUCAGAGAGUGACAAGACUUAUGCCAAGUUCCGCUACCCACCAGCUUCCUCGGACGCCACACAUACCAAAAAUGGCCUCCUCUAUUUUAAGAACCACUUUCAGUGUUUGACUCACAAUUAAAUUACCCACUUUUUUACCAGUAAUUUCUCCUCUCCUUCAUUCUGUCUCUUCUCGAUUUGCUAAAAAUGGCAUUGUCUGAUGUAACCCAUCAGAUAAGAUUUUAGACAACAAUAAUACUUCUGCCCUUUAAAAUAUUCUUGCUUGUUUUACUCAAGACUCUAAUGAGAGUGUCAUUUUGACAGAGGACAGCUGCCAUUUCACCACAAUGGCUCUUCAGUUGUGUUUUCUAUGUGUUUUCUGACUCAUAUCUAAUCUGACAGGUCAGACCAUAGUCUUUUUGUUAAAGAGACAGAUAACAAAGAGAUGCUGAAUUCCUGUUGUUGGCAUUUUUUAGAAGAAUUAACCGUACCCUCUCACAGUCCUGACAACGUGAACGUGUUUCCAUACUCUAAUCAAGAGAUCAGAGUCUUCUGUACACUGUUCUUCCCUUUGCACUAUCAAGUUUGAACUGAAAUGAAGCUAAUGGAUCAAGCUGACAGGAAUGGUGGUACUAUGGGGUCCUGAGGAUUGGGAUUGACUGUCCCUAGAGACACUUCUCAGCUGCUGACAACCCUUCAGGGACACAUGCUCCUUUUUAACACUGAAUGAUGACCCCUUUCAAUAACCUCUGUGUGGUUCAUUUCUCCUGGGUGAAUGUGAAAGGUCUACCAAGGUAGUUUGGAGUAAAGUUGCAUAGGGUGUAUAUGUUCUACAGGAUUUUAACAUUGUUGUUCCUGGCACUUACCCAGAAUCCUCCGUGGCACCCCUGACUGGUCCAUACUAGAGGCAAAUGAUGCACAACCAUAACAUUUGGAAUAUAAUGCAGAAUAAAUGGUCCCCUGGUCUACUGCAAUUUCUCUGAGGUCUAUUUUGUACUCUAAAACAAAAUAUUAAGAAAAGCUUCUGUCCACCAGAGGCAGAGUUUUAAAGGAUGCGAUGGGUGUGUGACAACUAUGGCAGUUUAUUUUACGGUUGAAAAAAUUAUCACAAGUAGAAUAAAAUGAUUUUAUGAUUUC